UGUUUUUGCAAUAUCUUUCUUUGCAGUUGAGGGCAGCACUGAGAGGGAUGCAUGAAAAUCUGCUGACAUCAUCUCCCCAAGAUCCAGUCAGAGCUUGGCUGGCAGAGAAGCGGAUAGAGAGGGAGGGAGGAGAGGAAGAAUUGCACAUGAGACUGCGGAUUCGACGUGCAUAUAAACAGGCGCAUACUAGACGGUUAGUUUGAGUUCAACACACCAAAGCAGCAUCAAAAAGAAAAAAUCUGACAUCCACAAACACGUGCUGCAGGGAAGAAGCAGGUCGCUAAGUACUCCGCUCCCCCCUCCUCCUCCUCUUCCUCCAUCGCCAUCCCUCCUCCCCUUGUUCACCUUGUCUCUUCUGGCUUUUAUUGUUGCGUCAGAGCCAAAGAGAGGCAGCCACGAGACAAGCAUGCCGGGGGAGAGCGCUCACAGAUCCGUCAACGAGCAUCCGGGGCUGGGAGAGGAUGAUACCGGACUCCCUGGACCAGGCAAAAGCAGACACCCAUCCACAGCGUCCACGCCCAGCGACUGUGGCUCUUCUCCUUCCGAAAGCGGUUCAAGCCCUUCUCCAAGCACCCCUCAGAAGCUCCUACCGUCACACACAUCCCCGUUUGGACCCCGACUAUUUCAUGCGACAUCAAACUCCAGUGGGACUCCAAGACCUCAACCUGAAGGGUCUGACCAGCGGCAGAACAACCUGCCGAGAUUAUCCGUAAAGUUAGGCGGUCAUGGACCUUGUGGCCGCCUUGUCCCUGUUAAAAUGGAGAGAAUCAAAGUUCUGACCGGUUCCGAGGUGGAGAGUGAUUAUCCAGACUCACAGACCAUGGACACUCGAGUGGUGAUGGGUCAGGAGACCCUCCUUAAACCGUCAGAGAUCCUGAAAGGGGCACGGUCUCAUAGCCGCCGCGAUCAAGCUAGCCCGUCAUCAGUUAGCAAAAGCUUUUCUGAAGCUCAGCCAAAAGUAAAUAAGACCCAAAUGGAAACGAGCAAUGAAGAGUGCAAAAUGAAAAAGCCGGACAAAGAAGAUAAACAAACAGAACAGGCUCCGCCCCCAGCCAAGAGUCUUGCAUUACCUUCCUCAUGUUUGGAGCCUGAAUUCACAAAUGAGCAUUUGAUGAUCAAAAAAGAGGAUCAAAGCUUUGCUAGUGUUGAAGUGCCUUCCCAGUCCGUCCACGAGCAGGCCUGUCCUGUGACUCUCUCCUUUUCCGAGCCGACUUAUUCGGUAGACCCGCUCCGAGUGGGCGUGCCCUCGUCCCUGGACCCCGACUUGUACUACACCGCCCCUUCCACUCCCAUCAAGAUGGCGUCACGCUCCUCACAUCUUAAACAUCAUUCCUAUCCCGGCUCUCCCGCUUUCUCCCCGUCACCGGGCUUACCCUCAGACAGCGAUGACCUCUGCUCCCCAGUGACCUCCCCUUCUGGCUCUUAUAUGACAGCUGAGGGUGGAAGCUGGACCUCCUCCUAUGCAUCCUCGGCCUCGCCCUCUACUUCCCCCAACCCUCUGCUCGCAGAAGACGCACAGGAGGCCCGCGCUUGCUUCGUUGGCUCUUUAUCCGAGAUUGGAGAUGAAGUUGGCGAGGAUAAAAUUAGUCCAGAACGGGAGAAGGUAGGCCAAUUUCCCGAGGAUACCAUCAAUCCUCGGCUUGGGAUAACAGGUACAACAAUCCUUGAAGAGGAAGAGGCUCAAAUUGAUGAAGAUGAGAGCAGGAUUGCUGGAGAAAGUCGUUCUUGUUGGGUGAGGAGCAGUAGCGGCCACACCAGUGACUCCCAGGAGGAUGGCGGAGAGUCUGAAAGCUCCCUCUGUCCACUAGAGGAGGCUAGCGAGCAUUCACCUCUCAAACUGGACCCAAGCGCAUCUGACAAAAGUGAUCGAGAAGAAACGGCGGCGGUUAAUCCUGCUCGAUCUUCAUCUAACCCGAAUCGUGACCCCCCUGUCCUUCUCCGUAACUCUCUCAGUUCUGAAGCCUUUGCUCAGCUUUGCUCCGCCGGUUCUUUUAUGUUCUCUCCGGCAGCUUGCGCUGAGGAUAUGUCAGAAGAAGAAAGGAUGAUCCCCGUCUCCCUCAUCCCAUUUCCUCCUCACACCAGCCUCAUCUUUAAAGCCGAUUCCUUUGAAAUCACUCUUUUCCCGACAGAGGAUGACAACGAAGUAGCCGUGGACAGAAACGAAGGCGAGGACGUCGACGCGUACGCGGCCGGAGAGGAGGAAGCGGAUGUUGAAGAUGAUGACGAUGAUGACGAUGAAGAAGAAGACGACGACUACGCCGUCAAUGGUCCAAAAAUUGCAGAGGAUGACGACGAUUUGGACGACAGCCGUGAGGUGGUUGAGGAAGCUAAGGUGGAAGUCAAAGUUGUCGAGGAGGAAGAAGAUGAAGAAGAGCAAGAUGAUGAAGAGGGAGAGCACGUCAGAGAGGCCGCCAGCGCCGGCGACGAGGAAAGCUCAGGCUCGUUUCUUCAUACGCUCUCAGAGACAUCGAUAAAUGAGGGUCUGGAUGACUUCUUCUGCUACCAAGAUGAUACGGAUGACUCAUUAGAUUCCGCUUCCUAUAACGGCGAGGAAGACGAACGCCUGUACAGCACCGAGAGGCACGCACAGUCGUUAGAACCAACGCUCGACUCUACCGAGAAGCAAUCAGAACCGCAGCAGGAAUCUGCCACUGGUCAAACGGAAACUUCUCCCACCCGGCAAAGUCCGAUGACGGAUCGCCUGGACACAAUUUGUCUUUCUGCAGAGAAAUCCGCCGAGACCCAUGAACUAGAACACAAACCUCCAGAAGACGCAGAAUGUUCUGGUCCAUUCGACCAAACAAACGAUGAGAUCUCGGCAAAACAAUGUACAACGUUUCUCCAGGAAUCCAAACACGAGCCAUCUCCCCAAUCCACGUCUUUUGGGAUACCAGAGAUGACCAACCCAGGUAACCCGGUUCUUCAAAACCAAUCAACAGAUGAAGAACUUCUGAACGACGUCAGUCCCAAACAGCCCGACGAAACCAGAGAAGAUUCCAUUCCAGAAAGGGAUUCUUACAAAUUGCUCAUUAAGCCAAGUCGUUAUGUGUCGGGAAGCGAUGCGGAUGGCGGGGCGAGGAGAAUUUUAUCAUCACAUUGGUCCUCUGAUAAGGCUGAGCGAGAAGAUCGGAACAAGAAGAAUGAAAAUGGCAGAGGAGAGAUUGUCCAUUGCAGAGUUACCGAUUUGGCUUCCUUGACCACGGCUACUAAUGACCUGAACAAAGGUGUCCUUCCUCUCUCCAAUCCUAAAGACCCGAGUCCCAACCCCAGUAACAUCCCAAUCUCCACAUCUCCAGAAGUUAUUCUCGGCCUCGCAGACAAUCUGACUCUGACUCCUGAACAUUGUCCCGGUGACUCCGGUCAGGAGAACCUAAGUACCGACGAGAGGGUACUCGGAGCGUCUGGAUCGCCUCAUUCUCCUCUUGCCAUCUCGCCCAAAAGGGAGAACUCUGAAACAGAUACCAGACGGGGAAAUGAUCCUGAAGUCGGGAUUUGGUGUGAUGAUAAAACAGAAUUACAUUCUGGAUCCGUGUCUGAAUUUGAGGUUUGGGGAGCAGGGGAGUCGCUUUCCUUGUCUCUCGGGAAGAAGUAUGACUUUGAGGCUGACAGCGUACUCGUGUGUGACUCACGAGGCCCAAGGACGGAGACUCUCAACGUGAGUAGUGAAGCGUAUCAAAACUAUGGUGAUGCUUUUGGUCAUGUUCUGGAAGUGAAAGAUAACAGAAUGGAUGGAAAAAGCCAUCGGGAAGAAGAGAAUGAACUCCAGGGGACGUCCGUGUCCAAUUUGGUUGGUUGGAAGUCCAUUGAGGAGCUCUCAGAAGCAGGUGGAGGGGAAAGAAGAUUCCUGAAUGACGAUGUCAGCAAUUUAAAUCCUGAUAACGCAGACACACCAGAACAAGUAACAUGGAUGGAUUCCAACAAUAAUAACGACGCUACUUUUGAUUGCCUGCAAUUAGCAAUGCGCGAAGGACUGAAUCCUCUGUCGGAAGACGCCAGACCCGAUUGUGUGAGUGUCAAAGUCAGAGAAUCCGUUUCUAAUAUUCCACUUGAGGAGAUGCCGUUUGGGGACAAACAAGUAGCGGAAGACGCGUCUGGAUCGCAAACAACGCACUCCGACGUGGGCAAACCUGCAGCAAGCCAGCAUCUGAAAAGAAGUCAAGACGAUCAGACAAUCACCCCGGAUCAUAACAUAACGCUAACCUUACUGGACGGCUACUUUGGUUACUUUCACCCAAGAUGUAAAUCGAAUGCAGAUGAAGGUGCAAAAAAGGUUUUGCAAUCCGAAUCAGACGAGAAGUGGAUGGAGCCUGAAACUGGAAGCCAAAAAGCCAUGGAUGCCAGUUCUGUGACUGACAAACUUGCCGAUGAACCAAAGAUUCAAGAUGCCUUGACGGGACAGCUGUGUGAUCGUUUGAACUCAGGGAUGGAAGAAAAUACUAAGAAAUUAAAGAAGAGAUGUGCAAAGAAUGAUAAAAAGAUUACAGAAAGUCCCUCUUCUCCACAGACUACCUUGGAUAGUUUUGCACAAGACGAUACGGAAGGAGCACUUUGCACAGAGAAAGUUGGCGCCAGUAAGAAAGGCCGAAGACGGAAACAAAACAAGGCCUUGAAGGUGACCGCAAAUUUGGACUCCGGCCUUGACGUUCUUGAUGAAGAAAUAAUUCCCCUUGCUUCCAAAGACGCAAGCUCAAAUGCGUCUGACGGCCUUUCGGUUACAAAUAAGAGCAAAAACAAGAAAACUUCGUCAGUCCAGUGUCAACAGAAGAAAGACAAAACCGGAUCACAGGUUCAAAAGAGUCGCAACUGUGACACCAACACUCCAAUCAACCUCAAAGCUCCAAUAGAAACCAAUAAAGAACAAGAUGGCCGACAGGAAGUGCGCGACAACAGACAGGAAGUGCUUGGCGACAGACAGGAAGUGCUUGGUGACAGACAGGAAGUGCUUGGUGACAGACAGGAAGUGCUUGGCGACAGACAGGAAGUGCUUGGCAACAGACAGGAAGUGCUUGAUGACAGACAGGAAGUGCUCAACAACAGACAGGAAGUGCUCAGCAACAGACAGGAAGUGCUUGGCGACAGACAGGAAGUGCUCAACAACAGACAGGAAGUGCUCAGCAACAGACAGGAAGUGCUUGGCGACAGACCAGAAGUGCUCAACAACAGACAGGAAGUGCUCGACAACAGACAGGAAGUCCUCGACAACAGACAGGAAGUUCUCGACAACAGACAGGAAGUUCUCGACAACAGACGGGAAGUGCUCGAAUACCGACCGCCGACAAGCGGUGAGAGAAGAAUCCGAGUGGACAUUAACGACAACAACAUCGACCAUGACCAGAAUUCCCCACCGGAGGCUAUCGCACUAUGCACUUCAUUUUCCUCCCCCCUCCUUCAAACUUCCAAAGAGCCACCACGUGACCUUCCCACACCUGUGCAAGAAUCCCAACCUGCUCACCAACUCCCUCCCCUCAUCACAUCCUCUCCAGCCGCCACAAAUUCCUCCCAGCAAGUACUUUCCCGCCAAUUUCCUCCCGAUAACAAAAGCGCCACCCAUCCGACGACUCAAUCGGACUCAAGCGUUGCUUCGCCAUCUUUUGCCGUAUCCAAGCCAACCCAGGAAUCAUCUUCCAUCUCUUCACACCAUUACACCAAACAAGGCAGCACAAACAUGUCCAAAGUGGGGAGAAGAACAGACAGUGAGGAGGAUUGCGGACUCCCCAGAUGUGUUCAAGGGUCUGUGCUCAAAGCAGCGGCAAACCCAAGUGGAUCCACGGAGAGAAGUGCCACGUCUGAUCAAAAGGAAAGCCACCCGUUUGCUUCUCAUCGGCUAAACGACAAAGAAUCGGGCUAUUCAGUCAAGCGCAACCACGCAAUUUCUGAAGACUUCAAAAACAGUUCUCUAGUGUCCUGUAACGAGUCCGAUAGUGAGGGCUCGGUCCUUGAGCUAGAGGAGGAGCCAGUGAGACCUCCUCAACCGCAGUCCUUCUCCUCAGCAGACGAAGGGCCGAACAGAACCAAACAGAGCCGCAGUGAGAAAAAGGCCCGCAAGGCCAUGUCGAAAUUGGGUCUGAAGCCGGUCCACGGUGUGACCAGAAUAACCAUCAAGAAGUCCAAGAGUAUCCUGUUUGUCAUUAGCCGACCAGAUGUGUUCAAAAGCCCUGCAUCGGAUAUUUAUAUUGUAUUUGGGGAGGCCAAGAUUGAGGAUCUUUCUCAACAGGCUCACAAAGCUGCUGCAGAGAAAUUCAAGGUGCCUGUGACCUCUACUCCCUUGGCGCCCCCUGUCCCCCCCAGCCUGAGCAUCAAGGAGGAGAGUGAAGAGGAGGAAGAGGAGGUGGACAACGGGGGUCUGGAGCAGAGGGACAUCGAGCUGGUGAUGGCUCAGGCCAACGUGUCUCGAGCCAAGGCAGUGCGUGCGCUGAAACAUAACAAGAAUGACAUCGUGAACGCGAUCAUGGAGCUGACCAUGUGAGUGAUGUGGGUCGUUUGAAGCUUGACCUCCUCCUCGUCAACCUAAAGCCCAAACACAACCCCGUCUUGCUGCUACUGUAUGUUGCGUGUCCAAUACCUGCUAAAUAAAUAGCCUUUUAGGAUGCAAGCU